UUAUCGCUUUCAUGAGGUUUAGUCGGCCGAGGGCCGUCAGGGCAGACGUAACGGUACCGCUUCUCUGUGAAUAUUCCCAUCGCACGCGGUCUCGAGCGUAAGACAAAAAAAAAUUUAUUGAAAAUUUUCUACGAAUUUAUUUACUGGCAUUGUCGGUAAAACAGUUUUGGCGCCGAUAAAAAAGAUUUUAAAAAUAUUUUUUGAGGUUAGUGAUUUCCUUUUGAAUAAACCGGGCUAAGGUGAACUGUGAAAGUAAAAUUUAUUGGAGGAAACUCUGCAAGUUGGAAUAUUUCUUGGCUUCGCGCCAGAUUGAAUGCGCCAGUGCACAAAAUAGUAAUUCGAGUUAUUCCUUAUUUUUUUGGUUUCGGUCUUUGAAUGUCUUCAUGACUGGCGACCGUAAAUUAUGACGAGUUCUUAUUUUUAAAUUUGAAAUUUUUAUUAUUAUAAAUCUGUUUUAUCGACUUUUUUUUAGUCAUCAGUGAGCUAAUGGAAUUUGUGCUGAGUUUUAGGUGAAAUGUAAAAAAAUUGUAUUUUUUACUAAAAAGGAUUUUUAUAACUCGAAAAUGUCUCAAGUAAGAACAUCACGUCCAACAUCACCACCGAUUUCUCAAUCGAAACGACCAAUUGUAAUCUACCCUACGGUUUCACCUGAAAGUAUUAUUGUGCCAAUAAUCUCAUGUAUUUUGGGAUUUCCACUACUAGCAUUACUAGUUAUUUGUUGUCUAAGAAGAAGAGCUAAGCUGGCCCGCGAACGCGCGAGAAGAAGAAACUGCGACCUAGACCACGGAGCUCUAAACCUUGUGCGCUUCAGUCCAAUUCACAGACUAGCGGGAGUAGAAAAACCACCGCGAGCGGUUUCUUUGAAGAGCGACCGCCCUCUGAGGACGAUCCCGGCCUUAGACCUGGACACUGUCGUCGAGGAACGUUCAGACGCUGAACAGACGACAUCUGCACUCGAGAUCAGUAGUCCUGACUAACAUUUAGCCCCGGUGGCGUCAAAGUCACCACGAGGUUCUAAGAUACUGGCAGAGCCACCAGCGUUGGAUCCGAGUCCACUUUGGACGGCACUUACCCACGGAAAUUCGAUGACGAGUGUCGAUAAUGAAGAAACCUAACAGGAAAAUAACGAGGACGCCGGUAGUUUUAUCGGCGCCCUCGUUCUUGAAUUACCGAUAAUUUACUGACAUAAGGCCGAUUGUCAUAUUCAAAUUAUUCCCCCCACUCCUUAGCGCAGAGAAAAUUAAGAGACAAAUUUUUUUUUUUUUUAUCGAAACUAAUUUUUAAAAAUAAAAAAUAACUCCAGCACCAAAAUCGAUCUCAUAUCAAAUUUAAUUAUAAAUACUAUUAAAUAUAUAUAAAUAUAUAUAUGUGCUUUAUAUAUUUAACAAUCGAUUUUUGUAAAUUUUCGUAUGAGCACUUGUAGAUAAAUUUCAAAUUUAAAAUAUGAAGCUUUCAAGCUGCCGCGAUUGUAAUAAAAAAAUAAUAAGUAAUUGUCAAUAUAUAUAAAUAUAUGAAUAUGAUAAAUGAAAACUAGGAUAAAUGUAUAUAAAUGUUAAUAAUGUAAAGAUUGU